AUGGGGAAAGACAAGGAGAAGAAGCAAGAGCUGAUCAAGAACCCGAAAGGCACACGUGACUGGUCGGGGGAAGAUGUUGAUCUGCUGGAAGAUAUCCUCGCCCAAAUAUCCCGGGUCUUUCGCCGCCAUGGUGGAAAGAAGCUCGAUACACCAGUGUUUGAGCGGGAAGAAGUGCUGAAGGGCAAGUACGGGGAGGAUUCCAAGUUAAUCUACGACCUGAAGGACCAAGGAGGCGAGCUGCUGUCGUUGCGGUACGACUUGACAGUCCCAUUUGCCAGAUGGUUGGCCAUGAACGCAAACAUCAAAAGCUACAAGAGAUUUGCAAUCAGCAAGGUUUACCGAAGAGAUCAACCCGCCAUUGCCAAGGGCCGCAUGAGGGAGUUCUACCAGUGUGAUAUUGAUUUCGCUGGUGCCAGUGAUCCAAUGAUGGCCGACAGUGAAGUUAUUGCAAUUAUUGUCGAGGUUUUCGAGUCGCUCGAGUGGAAUGGAAGAUACACCAUCAAGCUCAACGACCGACGGAUACUGGAUGGUCUGUUCGAGGUUUGCGGCGUUCCGGAGGACAAGAUCAGAGCGAUAUCCAGUGCAGUCGAUAAGCUAGAUAAGAUGCCAUGGGAGGAAGUGAAGAAGGAAAUGGUGGAGACAAAAGGUCUUGAUGAAGUCGUGGCCGACAAGAUUCAGACCUACGUUACCAGAAAGGGUGGAAGAGAUCUGUUGGAAGACUUGCAGAAAGACGAAGCGUUGAUGAGCAAUGCGAAAGCGAAGAAGGGAGUUGAGGAGAUGGAGAUUCUCAUGGACUAUCUUUCCGCUUGGGGCGCUUUGGACAAGAUCUCCUUUGACCUCUCCCUUGCUCGCGGCUUGGACUACUACACCGGUGUCAUCUACGAGGUUAUCACGGAGGGUUCCGCCCCUGUGACCGCAAAUGGCUCCGAGGUUGCCAAAGAAGUCCAGAAACAAGGCAAGAAGGAGAAAAAGGUGCUGGAUGAAGACGAAGACCGAUCCAAUGACCCUUCGGUGGGUAUCGGCUCGGUGGCUGCUGGUGGCCGAUAUGAUCAUCUCGUGGAGCGUUUCAGGCCCAAUGCAGAUCUGCCCUGCGUCGGCGUGAGCUUUGGUGUGGAUCGGAUAUUCAGCAUUACAAAAGCCAGGAUUGCCAAAGGUGAAACCUUCAGCUAUAUAUCCUCCAAUGCUCCUGAUGUGUACAUCAUGGCCUUUGGAGGUGGCGGUUUCGACGGCAUGGCCAAACAGCGGAUCGAGAUAGCCAAAUUGCUAUUGGAUGCAGGCCUCAAGGUCGAAUUCACAUACAAGAAGAAGCCCAAGCCGCAAGUCCAAUUCAAGAAUGCCGAACAAGCAGGUGCGCCCUUUGCAGUCAUUCUUGGUGAGGAUGAGCAAGCAAAGGGAGAGGUGCGAGUCAAGGAAAUGGGAUUGCCGGACGGUCAUCCGGAGAAGGAAGGUGUGCUCGUCAAAAUUGCCGACCUUGCUGCCGAGGUUACGAAGCGAGUGGAAAUGAAGAAAGUGACGACCAGAACGGGCACCAUUGCCGUCAGCUGA